AUGGCCGUACCAAGCGAACCUAUAGCCGUCAUAGGCACAGGCUGUCGAUUCCCAGGUGGCGCCUCUUCACCUUCUAAAUUAUGGAACCUUCUCCAUCACCCAUACGAUUUGACUCAAAAGGUUCCAUCCUCACGCUUCAACAUCAAGGCCUUCUAUCAUCCCAAUGGUGAACACCAUGGAACGACCAACGCAACCAAAUCAUAUUUUCUUAAUGAAGACCCAACGACAUUUGAUGCUCCAUUUUUUAAUAUCAAUCCGAGAGAAGCAGAGGCGCUUGAUCCGCAACAGCGAUUACUUUUGGAGACCGUCUAUGAGGCUCUAGAAGCUGCGGGAUUGUCGAUCGAAGAAAUGCAAGGCACUUCUACUGCAGUAUACGUAGGACUCAUGUGCGCCGACUAUUUUGAUGUUCUGAUGCGAGACAUUGAAGAUAUCCCGCAAUAUCUAGCAACAGGAACAGCACGCAGUAUCAUGUCGAAUAGAAUUUCUUAUUUCUUCGACUGGAAAGGACCCUCGAUGACGAUUGACACUGCGUGCUCAUCGAGUUUGGUUGCCGUUCAUAAUGCCAUUUCCACACUUAGAAGUGGACAAAGUCGGACUGCUAUAGCCGCUGGUGCAAAUUUAAUCUUUGGUCCAGAAAUGUAUAUUGGAGAGUCAAAUCUUCAUAUGCUUUCACCGACGGGGAAGUCUCAGAUGUGGGAUUCCAAAGCUGAUGGAUAUGCACGUGGUGAGGGGACCGCGGCAAUUGUUUUGAAGACUCUGAAGAACGCUUUGGAAGACGGGGAUGACAUUGAGUAUAUAAUUCGCGAGACUGGUGUUAAUUCAGAUGGUAGGUCUAAAGGUAUUACCAUGCCACUUGCUGCAUCUCAAGCCGAUUUGAUUCGUCAGACAUAUGCUCGAGCUGGACUCGACUGUACGAAGCCUUCGGAUAGAUGUCAAUACUUCGAAGCUCACGGCACCGGAACACCGGCAGGAGAUCCAGUUGAAGCAGAAGCAAUCAGCAGUGCUUUCUUCCCACAAAGAUCAGACACACCGAAUUCAGAGCCCCUUCACGUUGGCUCCAUCAAAACGGUAAUUGGCCAUCUAGAAGGUGCAGCAGGACUAGCAGGUAUCAUAAAAGCCGGAUUGGCAAUGAAAGAGAAAACUAUCCCACCCAAUCUGCAUUUUCAAAGUCUCAACUCAGCAAUUGAACCUUUCUACGGAAAUCUGAAUGUUCCCACGGCUCCAUUACCAUGGCCGGUAGUUGAGGGACCUCUCCGCGCCAGCGUUAAUUCGUUUGGUUUCGGCGGUACCAAUGCACAUGCUAUUCUUGAAAGUUACGAGCCUUGUUCAACUACGCCAGGCUUGGACUCGACAGCAGUCAUUCCAUUCACGAUAUCUGCGAUUUCCGAGGACUCUUUAACUCAGAACAUCACGAACUUUAGCGAUUAUAUUGAAGAGAAUGAAGAGGUCAAUCUAAUAGACUUGGGGUAUUCAUUACUGGGCCGAAGUAACUUCCCAACCAAAGCUACAUUUGUGGCAUCGAACACGGAAGAUUUGUUAGAUCAACUUGAGAAAGUCAUAAUAGCAAAAGAAGAGAACUCUAAUCUAGCUGUUGGCACUCGGUCGACAAAUGUAAAUGAUAAAUCAUCAAGGAAGCUUCUGGGUGUUUUCACGGGUCAAGGUGCACAAUGGCCAGCAAUGGGAAAAGAGCUGAUCGCCAAUAUACCCUCAUUCUCUCAGACAAUUGAUUCCCUUGAGAAAUCACUUCGUGAACUUCCAGAUGCUCCAAAAUGGUCAUUGAAAGAGGAAAUUGUCGCGCCAGUCGGAAAAUCCUCAAUUGAAAAAGCCGAGUUUUCGCAACCUCUUUGCACAGCUCUACAGAUUGCUCUUGUAGACUUGUUGAAACUGAUUGGAGUCACAUUCUCUGCUGUUGUUGGACAUUCUUCCGGAGAAAUUGGUGCUGCUUAUGCUGCAGGCAGGUUGACGGCUGAUGAUGCCAUUCGUAUCGCUUACUAUCGUGGUCUUCAUGCACACCUUGCAAAAGGUAAGGGUGGAGAAGAUGGUUCGAUGAUGGCGGCAGGAUUGAGCUUCGACGAGGCUCUCGAGUUCUGCACUGGCGAAGAAUACCAGGGAAAAAUUUCCAUUGCAGCCAGCAAUGCUCCAAAGACAGUCACUCUCAGUGGCAACAAAGAUACUAUCGAAAAAGCAAAGACGACACUUGAUGACAGAGGUAUCUUUGCCCGGGUUCUCAAAGUUGAUACUGCGUACCACUCCGAUCACAUGUUACCCUGCUCAGAACCAUACACAAGAUCACUUGCUACCUGCAAGAUAUCUCCUAAGCCUAGCUCACCAGAUUGCACGUGGAUUUCAAGUGUGCAUUUGAGGAAUAUGUCCAAUGAAUCUUCCAAACUUGAGACACGAUACUGGCUAGACAAUCUUGUCUCGCCAGUCAGGUUUUUCGAGGCCGUCAGCAUAGCUGCUAAAGAAUUUGGUCCAUUCGAUGCUGCAAUUGAAGUUGGUCCACAUCCCGCACUUAAAGGACCAGUAGCACAAAUAUUCAAGCAUGCUGUCAAUGCGGUUGUGCCAUAUUCAGGGGUACUAUCUCGUGGAGAGAAUGAUUCGAUCGCAUUUGCCAACGCACUAGGGUUCUUGUUGAAUCACAUCAACGGAAAGAGAAUAAGUUUCAAAAAAUACCUCGACGCUAUUUCAGGCGGUGUGGUUACGACCCCUAAGCUUUUGAAGGGUUUACCAACCUAUUCAUGGGAUCAUAGUCGUACUUUCUGGUCCGAAUCUCGAAUUUCUCGCAAUUAUCGCAACAGAGUCGAUCCGCCCCAUGAACUCUUGGGCGUCAGAUGCGCUGAUGACACAGAUAUGGAGUAUCGCUGGCGAAACAUACUUAAACUUGAUGAGCUGCCAUGGGUUGCCGGACACAAAUUCCAACGCCAAACCUUGGUCCCUGCUGCGUUCUAUUGCUCAAUGGCGUUAGAAUCUUCAAAGGUGCUUGCUAAUGGCAAGCCAAUCCGUCUGGUCGAGCUGCAUCAAGUGGACAUUGAAAGAGCGAUCAAUCUUGAGGAAAACAAUGCAGCAGUCGAGGUUAUGUUUGCACUCAAACCUACAUCUUCAAGUACCAGUGGUAGUGAUGAGAUUAUUUGCGCAGAUUUCUGGUGUACCGCUGCGCCAAGUGGCAAACCAAUGUCAAAGAUUUUCUCGGGCCGCAUUGAGAUGACGCUUGGAACUCCAUCUCCUGACGCCAUGUCUAUUCGCUCGCCCGUACGACCAGUGCUUGGCCCACUUAACGUGGACAGAUUCUAUGACAGCUUGGCUAAUGUUGGUCUUGAGUUCACUGGAAUCUUCCGAGGCAUUGAAAAAGGUCAACGCCGAAUGCAUAUCUCUUCGCUCGAAGGAAGAAGAUAUUUAUCUGAUACAGGAUUAUUGGUACAUCCGGCGUUUUUGGACAUGACAUUACAUGCAACAUUAGCGGCAUUUGCAAGUCCUGGUGACGAGCGCUUCUGGACACCACAUUUGCCAAGAAAAAUUGCCAAGAUGAGUUUCAACAUUGCGCUUUGCGAAGCAGCAUUCGAGAAGGAGACAUCCCUGGCCGGAAUGGAUGGGUAUAUCACCGAAGUCACACCCACCACUGCUAAUGAUGCAGCCACUUAUGUUGGCGACGUUGAUGUUUUUGAUCCAGUGACCAACGAAAUCGAGAUUCAAAUCGAAGGGUUGCAAAUGCAAUCAUUUACGGCAGCGAGACCUUCUCAGGAUCGACAAUUAUACCUUGAAACUUUGUGGGCAGCUGAUAUCUCGGGUGGUAUCAUUUCCGAAGCUGAUAUUGAGGAUGAUGAUCCAAAGGCACUUCACUUGAUCGAUUUGGGCGAAAGACUUUCUUAUGCUUACAUGCGUCACCUGAUGUCUGAGAUUAAGCCUGAGAGUAUCCCAGACCAUCAUCGUCCUUUGUUCAACUGGAUCAAUCACGUCACAGAUCUCGUUUCCAAAGGAACACAUCCUUCGAUAAAGCCGGACUGGAACAACGAUGAUCUCCAAGAAUUGAUUGCUAUGGCUUCCAAAUAUCCAGAUUGCGUCGAUCUCGAAUUGAUGCAAGCUGUGGGUAACAAUCUUCCUGAUGUUGUAAGAGGUACAACGACGAUGUUGGAACAUAUGUUGCCAAACGGACUUCUUGAUAGAUUGUACACUGAAGGCAUUGGGAUGGCCACGUCGAAUAAAUUCGUUACAGCGGCAAUGACGAAGAUCGGGCAUCGUUACCCAAAAAUGCGUGUCUUGGAGAUUGGUGCAGGAACUGGAGGGGCCACUAAAGGUAUUUUUACAGGAAUCGGGGAUGCAUUUGCUCAUUACACUUUCACGGAUAUAUCGACUGGCUUUUUUAUGAAAGCCAGAGAAGUUUUCAGUGACUAUGCCAACCGCAUGACGUUUAGCCUCCUCAACUGCGAGAAAGAUCCCUUGGAGCAGGGGUACGAAGCUCACUCUUUCGAUGUCAUCGUUGCAUCAAACGUUCUUCAUGCGACCGAGUUUCUCGAGAAGACGAUGAGAAAUGUCCGGACGCUCUUGAAGCCUGGUGGAUAUCUUUGUCUUCUAGAAUGUACUGGUCAUCUCGAACGAACUGGAUUCCUCAUGGCUGGUUUACCUGGUUGGUGGCUCGGGGGUGCAGAUGGGCGACCAUAUCGUCCCACUAUCUCACCACCAGAAUGGGAUGCAAUUCUGAAGAAGACUGGAUUUACAGGUGUUGAUGCUAUUGUCAAUGAUUUCAAAGACAAAUCGCGUUACACGGUCUCUGUAAUUCUUAGUCAGGCCCUUGAUGACGAUGUCCAAAAGCUUCGAGAACCGCUUCAAUAUCAUCCGGAAUCUACAGGAAAGGACCUUAUUGUUAUCGGAGGAUCAGGUGUUGCCACCCAAUCACUUGUUGAGACGAUAAGAAAAGAUAUGCCAUCCUGGGAGACACGUAAGACAACUGUUCUUGCCACCUGGGAGGAGGCAUCAAAGCUCACAAUUCCGUUUGGAACCACAAUUUUGAGUGUCGCAGAUCUUGACGAACCCAUCUUCAAAUCGAUGAAUGCAGAACGUUUGAAGGGCAUCCAGACUGUGAUCAACUCCGCCGAAUCCGUUCUCUGGGUAACCACAGGAUGUAAAGCAGAUGAACCAUACGCCAACAUGGCAAUAGGAUUAGGUCGAUCAAUCAUUUCUGAAAUGCCUCAUUUGAACUUGCAAUUUUUGGAUGUCGACUUGAAGGGAAAUGCUGCUAAGAUAAUUGGGGAGACACUAGUUCGACUUGAGGUUGCAACCGACCUGAUAGAUACACGCAGAGAGAACUUGUUGUGGUCAAUUGAGCCAGAGAUGAUUUAUGAAAACGGGCAAUUAUAUCUUCCAAGAGUGAAGCCAACUAAGAAGUUGAAUGACGUGUUAAACGCUACACGUCGUGUUGUCACGGAAGAGGUUCCUUUGGCAUCGAAACAAGUGUCAAUAACACCUCAAUCUGUCGGCAAUCGCUUUAACCUCGAAGUCCAAGAGGCAGUCACGGAUCGUCUGGAUAGCGAAAACGAGUUGGAAAUUUCCGUCUCCUUCUCGUCUCUGUAUACCGUGAACAUUGACGGUGAUUUCCUUUACAUUAUCUUAGGAAAAACAAAAUCCGGAUCAUCAAUCCUCGCCCUUUCCACGUCGAACCAAUCACUCGUCACUGUCCCCAAGAACUGGACCAUUCCAGCCAGUCAAGUUACCCCUGAGUAUCUCGAAAGUGCUAUGGCUUACCUCUUAGCAAAGCAGGUAUUGAACAAAGAUGCAUCAAGCGUUUUGCUUCACGAACCAAGUUUUGCAUUAAGUCAAGCCGUGGAAUCAAUAGCUGAAGCGGGUGAAAAGUCCAUUUCGAACACUGCAAGCACCAAGUCGUCUGCCACGUCAAUCCAAAAUUGUAUCAUGGUUCAUCCCACUUUGUCUAAACGUGCCAUCCGAGACUUAUUACCAGCCUCAAUUCAAUCAUUCGUCGACAUUAGUGGUACCGGCAAGCAUGUCAAAGAGGCGCUGACAAAAUCCACCAGCAUAGUCGAAAUUGAUGGUUUCCUAGGUGUCAUGCCAGCAAAGUCUCCGUCCUUUGUCAACCCAUCAAGCAUUCUCGCUGAUGUUGUCUCUUAUGCAGAUUCAACCAAAACCAAGGAUAUUGAAGGAAGAUUUUUGCUGGAUGCCGGGAGCAUAAAACAUGGUCAUAUUUCUUCAUUCUCUCCGCUUUCCGUCGUAGAUUGGACGAGAAACACAACUCUGACUGUUGAUGUCAAGCCAUUCUCUCAAAACCAAAUUUUUGAGAAGAACAAGAGUUACUUAUUAGCAGGUUUGACUGGAGAUUUGGGACAAUCAAUCUGUAGAUGGAUGGUUGGAGCUGGGGCUAGAUACAUCAUUAUUGGUAGUCGAUCCGUCAAAUCUGGCACUCCAUGGCAACAAGAAUUGGAAAGGAUGGGUGCAACUGUUCUCGUCUACACGAUUGAUUUUACCGACAAGGCAGCAGUCGCCAAGUUGCGUGAAGAGGCCAUCAAGACCAUGCCGCCAAUCGCAGGAGUGAUGAACGGAUGUAUGGUCUUGGAUGACAAACCAUUCUCAGAUAUGCCUUUUGAAACACUCGAGCGGGUCACUCGUCCCAAAGUACUCAGUACUAUCAAUAUUGAUGCUGUAUUUGGAUUGGAACUCGACUUCUUCGUAUUAUUCUCCAGUUUGGCCGCCGUUAACGGAAUUCCUGGACAAUCAAAUUACGCCGCCGCAAAUAUGUACAUGGCCGCACUCGCAGAGCAACGUCGCAAGCGUGGGGGUGUCGCAUCGGUUAUUCAUAUUGGUAUGAUUCUCGGAGUUGGAUAUGUUGAACGAUCAGGUCGAUUCACCGAAUCUGCUUUGCGCAGUUAUAAUUAUCUCACGAUUCCCGAACAUGAAUUCCUCCAGGUAUUAUCCGAAGCAGUGCAAUCAGGACACCCAGCCAGCAAUCGUUGUCCUGAAAUCAUUAUUGGUAUGGUCGCUCCCUUGACGGGUGAAGAACGCGAUAAACCUCGAUGGCAUGCUAAUCCUCGAUUCUCAUUCGUUAUGAAUGAUUUCACCAAGGAGGAGAGCGACUCUCAAGGUGAGGUUGAAGUGCCGACCAAGGAACAACUUGCAAAAGCGCAAACAAAGGAUGAGGUAUUAGGUGUUAUGCAGAAAUGCUUCGCGAAGCAGUUGGAGCUUAUCCUGCAGGCAGAUCCGGGGUCAAUCGAUGAGAAUGCGCCUUUGACGCAAUUGGGUAUUGAUUCUUUGAUUGCAGUCGAGAUUCGAAGUUGGUUCUUGAAGGAGGUGGGCGUAUCUCUUCCUGUUUUGAAAAUAUUGGGUGGUGCUGCGGCUAAAGAUUUAUGUGAAUUGGCUUGUGAGGAGUUCAAGGUUACUGAAUAG